UCUAUGUCAGUACAAGUGGAAAAGUCAGAGCGAAAACUUUUCGAAGCGGCUUAUCAUGCACUGAUCGGUGACUCAACGAAACUGGUAGAUCAGAAACAAUUAUUCGAGAUCAUCGUUGCGGCAGGAAAAGAUCUGCGGCGCAGUCAACUGGACAAAUGGAUUCAGCCAAGUCAACAUGGAAUAAAUUUCGAGGAUGCCUUUGAAAUUUACAAUCAAAUUGAGACGGUCAAUUUGGAAGACGUCGUGCGAAGUAUUGAUAGUGAACAAACUGGCUAUGUGCAACUCGAACAGUUACUAUCACGUCUUCAACAGAGGACCGAUAUUAUUGAUGAUGAUAAAGAUGAACUAAAAGGUUAUUUCACAGCAAUGUCCAAGUCGGGUUUAAUCUCGUGGCGAAAUUUACUGGAAGAUAUAGAGACUGUGAGAAUGCGACUGAAUGAAGUGACAGAUCGAAAUUACGAUGCAGAACUCAUUCAACGAAGAGAAUCAGCCAUCAUAAGUGAAGACAUGACUAGAAAUGAGUUACCACCUAUGGGUUCCGAUGGAAAAUCUACACCUACAACUGGGCAAACCUCUCCACAAUCUUCAACAUCUCAGACCGGAAAUCCAGUACUUCCGUUUCAGCAUUCCUCAAUCACUCAUUCAGAUGACCAACCACCGUCGAAAAACUUCAACAACAGUAUAUUUAUCGUUCUAUCAGACGCCAAUACCGAACAAGUGAUGAUGGUGACCAAUAAAUUAGUGGACCAUAAAUAUUAUUGUGAGGAAUGUACGUUAGGACCAGGGCAAUAUUCAGUCACAUUCCAUUCUUGCCGAAGUGUAGCUGUAAGUGCGGAUCAACUAGAUAAAAGCUCCAGAGUACCAUUGGUGGAUAAGGAAACUGGAAAAUUGACCAAAAGUUUCAGGUAUGAUCAUCAGCUAUCAUUUAUUCAGGAUGCACAUUUUAUUCACGGCAUAUUCUUAAUCACUGCUACUGUACUGGAUCAAGUUGUUCUGCAGUAUAAUCUCUCAUCCCUGACAGUCUCACGAUUACUCGAUUGCCUGAAUAUAGGAGGUAGAAUGAAUAUGAAGAUAUGCGCUCAAAGAGUUAUAUCCGAGGGCAUAAGUGCUCAUUUCAGAAUGACGUUGAUGAAUAUUUUUGAUUUGUUCGAUUUUGAUGAGAACGGUACUUUGAGUCGAAGCGAAUUCGAUGCAUUCAACGUUGUUGCAAGUGACGAGCAUGUUUCUGAUCAGGAAUGGGAUGUACUGCUGGAUAAUUUUGAGACCCGAAACGGUGAGCUGACAAUGAGCUCAUUGAUAGCACUCCAUCAGGUUGAAGCAGAUAACAAUGAUGAUUUGGAGGAGACUUGGAUCUCGCUCCAAUGUAUUGGCUACAACGCAAACUUAUCACUCGAAUUGAACUGUCCAUUGGUUUUCACGAUGCUUUCUGAACAAGAGCUUAAUCUCAGUCCGGUUGAACUGAGGCUCUUCUCGUCUCAAGAAGAGCAGAUGAUAACAGAUUAUUUUUGGGCAAACUCUAGUGAAUGCUCAUUCAGUGAUGGCAUUAAUAUAGGCUUAUGGAAGAGUGAAUACUUUGCUGUGUGUGUCGCUGGACCGAUGGUACUACCAGUUUCCAAUGAUUUAAUUUUCAAAAAAAAACAACGACUCACUCAAAAGGCUCAUAAACGAAAAACGAGCUCUAUGCGCCAUUCUCGAUAA